UGUCUCCUUCAGUGCCAGGCAGCACACGCGCGCGCGCAUUGACCGUGGUCUGACCGGCGAUCCGGCCGCUGCCCUUUGCAAUGAUCUCGCCCGAGCUCAAUUUGGACGUUUUGACGCGGGACCUGUCUCAUUAUCUGGAAAACCAAGUGAAAGUUGGUCUGCUGGGCUCGGGAGUGGGACUGUCUCUGGUGCUGGGCUUCAGCGCCGCGUACACCUGCUACUACCUCAUCUCGGUGGCAAAGAAGCCGCAGCUCAUCUCCGGGGGCAAGAAGUUCUACCAGUUCCUACGCGAGCAAUGUCCCAUCGUGUCGGAGACCUACUACCCCACCUUCUGGUGCUGGGAGAGCCGCAUCCAGACUCUGCUCAGACCCUUUGUCACCGCCAAGCCCGGCGUGACCUACAGGAACGAGCUUAUUAAGGCGGCUGACGGAGGACAGAUCUCUUUGGAUUGGUUUGACAACGACGACAGCCUGGCUCAUCCCGACCCGGCCUCCAGACCCACCAUCCUCCUCCUGCCGGGGCUGACCGGCACCAGCCGAGAGUCUUACAUCCUGCAUAUGGUCGAGCAGAGCCGGGAUCUGGGCUACAGAGCCGUGGUUUUCAACAACAGGGGCGUGUCGGGGGAAACUCUGCUGACACCCCGGACCUACUGCGCCGCCAACACGGAGGACCUGGAAACCGUCAUCGAGCACAUCCACACGAGCUACGAGACGGCGCCCAUCAUGGCGGCGGGAGUGUCGAUGGGCGGGAUGAUGCUGGCGAACUACUUGGGGCGCAAGGGCCAGGAGACCUGCCUGAGAGGGGUGGCGGUGUUCUCGGCGGGCUGGGACGUGUUCGAGUGCACGGCGUCGCUGGAGAAGCCGCUGGACCGCUUCCUCUUCAAUUCCUACCUCACCAGCUGCCUGCAAGCUUCGGUGCACAGACAUCGACCAGUGCUCGAAAAGUGUUACGACAUCGACCACGUGAUGAAGUGGCUCGCUAACGCCGUGCCGUCACAGGCCAGGACCAUCCGAGAGUUCGACGAGAGGUUCACGUCCAUCAUGUUCGGCUACGCGACCAACGACGACUACUACCACGACGCCAGCCCUGUCCACAGGCUAAAGUCCGUGCAGGUGCCCAUGCUGUGCCUCAACGCCGCCGACGACGUCUUUUCCCCGUCUCACGCCAUCCCCGUGGAGGCGGUGAAGCAAAACCCCAACCUGGCCAUGCUCAUUACCUGCCACGGCGGCCAUAUUGGCUUCCUGGAGGGCCUGUGGCCGCGGCGGAGCACCUACAUGGACCGCGUCUUCCGGCAGUUCGCCCGGGCCGUCAUCGAGCAGGGGGGCCGCCUCAAAGACCUCUCCUGAGACCGGCCCCGCCCCCUUUUCGUCCUCCGCUGCGUCCUGGCCGUCCUUCCUUCCAUUGACCUGUUUUUUUUUCUUUUUUUUUUUUUUUUUGGGAUCCAUCCCAUUUCUUUCCACAAGCAGAAAAAGAAGAACAUUGCUCCGGUGUGAAGGGCACGUCCUACUGGCUGCGCUCAUUCCAUUUAUUUAUUCCUCGUACGAUCGUCACGUUUGUGACAUUGAAAAAAACAAAAAAAACAAUGUUAAAACGCAAAUAUACGUCCUUUUUCGCAUUAGUCAGUAGGAUGUUAGCCCUCGGGAAUUGAAGUAAAUUAAUUUGAUUUAUUUUUCCUCCCUGUGGAUUAUUUUAAAGUCGCCACUUUCAUUUUUCAGCACUUAGUUUGACCUUUUCGGGGAUUUUUGUCCCCAAACGAGAAGCUAAAGCUAAAAAGACAAGAUUGCUCUGUUUAUGACUGAAUACGCGACUUUAAUUCUAUAAGUGCAUGUCCGCAACAUAUUUUUGCACAAAUAUGUCCGCUGUAUUCUUAAGGAGAAGUCAAAAGGGGUUAAUUAUGAAGAUUUUUCAGCAUUUGAGGUUUUUUUUUGACACAGCUAUAGCCACAAAAAAAAAUCUAAAAUAAAUUAAAAUAUAAAUCCAUAUAUUAAAUUUUCCAUGAUUUAAUUAAAAUGUGCGUGUUUAUUGAUUAUAAAACAAUCAGAUAAUGUACAUUGUAAUUUGUU